AGCCUUCCGAACAGCGCCACUUCAACUGCGAGUCGCGCAUCCGCAUAUCAUCCAUCCCCUUCGUUCGAUUCACCUCGACCCCGUCGCCGUCGCCGUCGCUCGUUUGAGGCUUCCGUAUUUUAUUGCGUAAAACCUGCGCUCGUUGUUCUCUCGCUCCUUCAGAAAAACAAUAUUCGCUACCGUCAAUAAAGGACUUCCGACUCGGCAAUUCGACAUCCGCGCGGGAAAGAAAAAAAAAGAAAAAGCAAAGGGCGCAUCACAGCUCGUCGCUCGCUCUUUCAACCGGUUCACACUUUCGAUAAGCAUCGGCCUUCAACAUGAGGAUAACACGCUCAUUCCUUGUUGCGUCGCUGCUGCUCUGCAUGUCCGUGACCUAUGUGGCAGCUUUGGAGGACGACAUGGAAAACCACGAAAUCGUCGUCGAGAGGCGACAGGACAGUAACGCCACAUCCAACUCCACGCCGACAACGGUCCCCUCGGUCACCCUUCUUCCUUCGACUUCGUCGGAUCCGACGACAGCCGACCCGGAAACCACCCCUACUACUACGGCCCCGACGACGACGACGCAGCCCCCGGAGACGACCGAGAACACUACUCCGACGGACGGUGGCACCGACAAUACAACCGCCCAACCAUCCACUCCGGACAACCCGCCAGAAACCACCGCCACUACUAGCACCCGCCCCACUGUUGUCGCCACACCGAGUCCCACCACAAGGGUUCGCACUACCGUCAUCGUCACUCGCGUCGGAAAUGCAGAUGUCACGUCCACGGUCACCACCACGGCCGUCGAUAUGGUCACUCCCACCGUGGAUCCGGCAGCGUCAGCAUCCGGUUCCGGCACCGCUACGCCCGGGACUGCCGGGGGCAGCGAUAGCGGUGGGUCCAGCGGUCUCAGUACCACCCAGAAGAAUGUUGUUAUCGGAGUGGUUGUCGGUAUUGGAGGUGCUGUUUUGUUGGGCGGGUUGGCGUUCGUCUUCUGGCGGUUGAGGAAGCGAAACACCAACCCCGUCGAUGAAGAUGACUUGAUGCGGAGAAACGGGUCGCCUUUGGCGGGGUCGUCAGGACGGGAGAUGCAUAGCACUAGCCCAGAGGCGUCACCCUUCCAGGCUACCCUCGAUCAAUACCACAAGCCACCCGGACAAGUCAACACCGCGGCAAACUUCUAGUUCGGGGUCGGAUGCCAUUCUUUAUUUGUGACCGGGUGUUGGUUUUCGGGCAUUUUCAUUCCAUCACCUUCUUGCUUUUUUCUUUCUUUCUUUCGAUGAUGGCUACAACCCAUUCUGUAUUUUGUCCCUCUUAUUUACCUUAUUGAUACCCAUUGUCGGCUUCAACGUCGACCUUCUGUACGUGC